UUCGUGGCUUGCCCGGUUUGCCAGGUCCUUGUGGGAAACCUGGUCUGCAGGGCAAGCCUGGUGAAAAGGGCCCGGAUGGUUUACCUGGCCCUCUUGGCCCAGAGGGUUUCCCAGGUGACAUUGGCCCACCAGGAAAAAACAGCCCUGAAGGAUCCAAGGGAAAACAAGGGACACAAGGUUUGCCAGGUCCAAGAGGAACACCUGGACUUCAGGGCGAUGAGGGAAGAGUUGGGCCCACUGGACCCUCUGGACUCGAGGCCGGGGAAGCAGGGAUUCCCAGGACUGACAGGCCCAGAUGGACUCAAGGGCGAGACCGGGAUAACUGGCGAGGUUGGAAAGCUUGGCGAGAGGGGAUUGCCUGGUUUUGUCGGGCCUGUUGGAGAGACUGGCAUCACAGGAGAAAAGGGUGACCGAGGGAAAACAGGAGCUCCCGGGCCUCCAGGUGAAACGGGGCCGAUGGGUCACACCGGCAUACCUGGAGAGGCGGGGCCAUCUGGACUGCAAGGGAUCCCAGGGCCUUCUGGUUCACCAGGAUCCAUCGGCAUCAGAGGACCCAAAGGCAGAAGAGGUCUGCGGGGUCCUGAUGGCCCAGUGGGGGAGAAUGGGUCUGCUGGAGUGAAGGGCAUCGAUGGUCCACCAGGAAGAUUGGGCCUCUCUGGGGUGGUGGGAAAGCUUGGCGAGCCAGGUGAAGCCGGGCCUAAGGGAUUUCCAGGUGUUCAAGGACCCUCGGGUCCUCCGGGGGCCAAAGGAAUUGCAGGAGAGCCAGGACCGGCUGGGCCACCAGGAACGAUCGGGCCACUUGGGGAGAUGGGGCUGAGGGGGCCGCCGGGGAAGGCUGGAGAGAGAGGGCUGUCUGGUGAACCCGGAGAGAAGGUGACGAUGACAAUGUGCCUCUGA